CUUAGGCGCAGCAUUAUUUUCAGUCUAAUAUUAUAUUAUGUAUAUGGAGGAAAAAGCUUAGUUAUUUUAUGCAACAAAAUGUUCAUAAUUAAUAUAUUUAUAUAUUUUUCAAUAAUAAUAUCAAGAAUUUCGAUUCUCAAUGCUCAGUACGAUCAUUAUGGCGGAUAUGAUAGCCUCCAAAAUUCGGCCAGCAUACCAAUUGGUCUACUUACUGAUCAAAAUACAGAACAAAUGAAUAUUGUAUUUGAUCAUGCGAUCGAAGUGGCCAACGAAGAGCUGGGUCUAGCCAUGACAUCCCUAAAAGCGGAGGUGAACUACGGCGAUGCAUACCACAGCUACGGCAAGCUGUGUCGCAUGCUGGAGACGGGUAUAGCAGGUGUUUUCGGACCUUCGUCCCGCCAUACUGCUGUGCACCUGAUGUCCAUUUGUGAUGCCAUGGAUAUACCCCAUAUAUACUCAUAUAUGAGCGAAUAUUCCGAAGGCUUUAAUUUGCAUCCACAUCCUGCUGACUUAUCGAAAGCUCUCUACAGCCUUAUAACUGCCUUCGAGUGGUCGCGCUUUAUUUUUCUUUAUGAAUCGGCGGAGUAUCUGAGUAUUCUAAAUGAGCUGAACUCCCUCUUCGGCAUGAAUGGACCAAUUGUCACGGUACUACGCUACGAUAUGCAGCUGAAUGGAAACUAUAAGCCGGUGUUAAGGCGCGUACGCAAGUCUAAAGACAAUCGGAUUGUAGUCGUGGGCUCCACAGAUACAGUGCCAGAGUUUCUGAAUCAAGCACAACAAGUUGGUAUCAUCAAUGAGGACUACAGUUACAUCAUUGGCAAUUUAGACUUUCAGGCAUUCGAUUUGGAGGAGUACAAAUACAGUGAAGCCAACAUAACAAGUUUUCGACUGUUUUCCCCAGAAAAAAUGGCUGUGAAAGAACUUAUGCAGAAAAUGGGCUAUAAGAACGAACAGGAUGAUUUUCGAAAUGGUUCCUGUCCCAUUACCGUGGAAAUGGCUCUCACUUACGAUGCAGUACAAUUGUUUGCUGAAACUCUAAAGAAUCUGCCCUUUAAGCCGGUUUCCCAGAACUGUUCACAGCGCACAGAAAGUGUCCGAGACGAUGGUUCCUCCUUCAAAAACUAUAUGAGAACGUUGCGUCUCAAGGAGCGACUGCUCACCGGACCUAUUUAUUUUGAGGGCAACGUGCGCAAGGGCUAUCAUUUGGACGUAAUUGAGCUGCAGCCGUCCGGAAUAGUGAAAGUGGGCACUUGGAGUGAGGAGCGCGAUUACAGGCCAGAGCGCUUGGCGCCAACCAACUCUCAAUUCGAUAAUAUUGACAAUUCUCUAGCAAACAAAACGUUUAUCAUAUUGCUUUCGGUGCCGAACAAGCCCUACGCCAGUUUGGUGGAGAGCUAUAAACAGCUCGAAGGCAAUAGUCAAUAUGAAGGAUAUGGCGUAGACCUGAUCAUGGAACUGGCUGAUAAGUUGGGCUUUAACUUCACUUUUAAGAAUGGAGGCAAUGAUUAUGGUUCAUACAAUAAAACUUCCAAUGAAUCUACGGGCAUGUUACGAGAGAUAAUGCAUGGCCAUGCGGACUUGGCAAUUACGGAUCUGACCAUAACAUCAGAGCGUCAGGAAGCCAUCGAAUUUAGUAUACCGUUUAUGAAUCUCGGCAUCGCUAUACUUUUUUUAAAGCCUCAGAAAGCCCAGCCAGAACUUUUCACCUUCAUGGAUCCGUUCUCAGAGGAGGUUUGGUGGUUUCUUGGAUUAUCCUUUUUGGGUGUUUCAUUAAGCUUUUUCAUACUUGGCCGUCUGUCACCCAGUGAAUGGGACAAUCCAUAUCCUUGCAUAGAAGAGCCAGAAGAGCUCGAGAAUCAGUUUACAAUAGGCAACUCAAUUUGGUUUACGACUGGUGCUCUACUACAGCAAGGUUCAGAAAUAGGGCCCAAAGCGUUGUCAACACGAACUGUAGCAAGUUUUUGGUGGUUCUUCACGUUGAUUGUUGUGUCCUCCUAUACAGCCAAUUUAGCUGCGUUCUUGACGAUUGAGAAACCACAAAGCUUAAUCAACAGCGUGGAUGAUUUGGCGGACAAUAAAGACGGUGUUGUCUAUGGAGCCAAGCGAACAGGAUCAACCAGGAAUUUCUUUUUGAACUCUGAGGAUGAACGAUAUAUAAAAAUGAACAAAUUUAUGACUGAACAUCCCGAGUAUCUGACAGAGACUAAUCAGGAGGGUGUAGAUCGCGUUAAGAUUAGCACUCAAUACGCAUUUCUCAUGGAAUCAACAUCCAUUGAGUACAACACGAAACGCGAAUGUAAUCUGAAGAAAAUUGGGGAUGCUCUCGAUGAGAAAGGUUAUGGAAUCGCUAUGCGGAAAAAUUGGCCCCAUCGUGGUAAGCUGAAUAAUGCACUGCUACAGCUGCAGGAGCAGGGCGUGCUGGAGAAGAUGAAAAACAAAUGGUGGAAUGAAGUUGGCUCCGGUAUUUGCGCCACCAAGGAGGAUGCACCAGAGGCUACAGCGCUUGCUAUGGAUAAUUUGGAGGGCGUUUUCUUCGUGCUACUUGUGGGUUCAUGUUGUGCAUUGCUCUAUGGAGUGGUUAGCUGGAUGUUGUUUAUCAUCAAAAAGGCGCGGCACUUUAAGGUUCCGUUAAAGGAGGCCUUCUUGGAAGAGUUUCAGUUUUUAAUUGACUUUAAUAACUAUGUACGCGUGCUCAAGAACUCGGAUUCGAUUUACUCACGCAGUCGGCAGUCUUCUGUGUCGGUGGGUUCUAUAGGACAGUAAUCAUAUAUAGCGUACCAUUAAAUUGGUAAUCAUCAGCUUUAUUAAAAAGUUUUGUA